AUUUACGUAGGACGAUCACGAUGCCUAUUUUAGGCGGAAAAUAUUUUCUUUGAUAAAAAUAGCUCAUCAAUAUUCCUGUUUUCUUGUGAAUGACAAUUUUUCCAUUUUUAAGGUACCCUGACGCGAUUAUUUAUGGUACUAAAUCGAUAAACUGUAAAGAAAUAAGAUAUCAAGAUGACCGACUCUGUUAACAUGUCGCUUGAUGAUAUAAUCAAAAAAAACCUGCAAAACAGACCAGGUCGUGUUGACCGCGGACGAGGCGGUGGAAAUAUUAGGGGCCGCGGCGGCGGUCGUGGAGGCCGCCGGGGACGUGGAGGCCGUGGCGGUGGGGGCGAACGCCGCCGUUCAGUUUCACGUGGCAGAUCCGACAACCGGCAGGACCGCUCUCGUUCGCGCUCCCGAGGACCCAGAGGCCGGUCUCAAUCGCGUGGGCGUUCCCAGGCGCGCGGGCGUUCUCAGUCGCGCGAGCGUUCUCAGCUGCGCGGGGGCUCUCAGCCGCGUAGGCGCUCCCAAUCAAGAGCGCGCUCACGUUCACAACAGAGACGAAAUUCAUACCCAAGAACCCGAUCUGCUUCAAGACCUAGAUCUCAGAUGAGAAGUAUAACACCUAAAGGAAGAGCUGGACUUGAAAAUUCAUUCUUCAAUAUGCCGACACUAGUCCGCACUAACAGAGGCAGAGGGGGAACGCAGAUGAGACUGAGGCGUUCAAAUCAACAAGUACCAAGAGGAGUCCACAGUCGGCUUGGAAUGAACUCAUGGCGUGGUGGUGCAAAUAAUGCUUUCAAACCUUUAGCUGUGGCAAAAAGAGGAAUUUCUAAACGUGGAUUUGGUUUAACUACCAGAAACAGAUAUAGCAAUAUCGGUUUGAGAUCUGACCAAAUAUUACAAGAGCAACGUCAAAACAGUGUCAUUAGAUCCCAGACUUUCACACGGUCUAGGAACAAUUCGUUCAGUUCAGCCUCACAACUGACUGUUAGUGUCGCUAAUGACUUUGCAAAGAGGCGUCGCAACAGCGUAGGCAAUGGUGGUUAUUUAAAUAGACAAACCCUAGCUUCACUGAAUAAUGAAUUUGGAGGAUACAAUACAAGACAAGGACCAGGGAGUGUCAAGUCUACUGGAUCGAAUAGGUCGAACAGAUCAAAUCAGUCUAACUCUAGCAGAAAAUCAAAUCGGUCAAGAGGUAGAGGCCGCGGUAGGGGUGGUAACCGUGGAAUAGGUAGAAAAUUUGUAAAUAAACAAAUUCUUGAUCCAGUACUCCAAGAAGAGAUUGCAGCCAUACAGGGUAAAAGCGAUGGAGCUAGUAACAAUCCUGAAGUACCUAGUGGUAUUAACUUUACACCAACACCAGCUGCUACUAAACAAACUUUGCAUCAAAGGUUUGCUACUGCAUAAGUUUAUAUAAGCUAAAAUAAAAUGCUUGACAAGUAUAAGUACACUAUAUGCAAAAUUAUCAUUAGCUACUCCGUGGUUUAAAACAGUAUUUAGCAUAAUAUUAUCCCAGACAAAAACAAAUAUGAAAUAAAGGUCAUUAAAGUACUGAGAUCAAAAUAAAAUUAUGACCACAUGCUUUAGACUCACCAUGUUUAUAGUUUAGAUGUUACAACUUCAUCAACCACCUCAAAGCUGUCAUCUCAUUCCUAGGAAACUUGUUGAAUGUGACUGGUGACACCUUGAAUAUGGUUGAUGAAGAAUGAUUUCUAAAGCUUUAUGGUUUCAUUUAUUGAACCUAUUCUUUAAAUGGUAAAAGCUUUUUAAUCCUAGAUCAACCCAUCACCAGCCCACUACUGAGAACGGGUCUUCUCAAAUUGAGAAAGAUUUAGGCCAUAUUCUGCCUAGCUGGUUCAGUGCAGAACAUAAUUGAGAUGGUCCAGGCAUACAGGUUUCUUUAUAAUGUUUUCCUUUUAUGUUAAAACAAGUAAUAUUUAAUUCCUUAAAACGCACAUAACUCCCAAAGUAAAGGUGCGUGCCCCUGACUAGAUAACCAAUGUCUUAAGCACUAGGCUAUCACCACUCUAUAAAAACUUUGGUAGUUUUAUUUCACAUUUGUUUUUGUUUGGAUUCUCAUUUUUAGGAUUCCAUACCAAAAUGGUACCCUCAUUUAAAUUUAAGUAUACUUAAUGAAAAAAAGUUUUAUCUAAACUAUGUUGAGCCUAAGGAUAAUAUUUUAUUUGAUUAAAGUGUAAUCUCACCAAAAUUACGAUUAUAAUAAAAAAAUAUAUAAUCGUUUUCUUUUCUUUGUGAAUAUUAUAAACAAUUUCAAUCAAUGUUUAAUUUGAGAGAUUCCAACCAAAAAAAUUAUUUCAAAAAAACUAAAACUAUUUUUGUUUGUACCUAAACACUUAACUACGUAACGUAAACUUGGUGAACUUUUACACGCAUGUUGAAGUCGGGUGUGCUUCAGUUUUGUUGUUUCUUACCAAAUUCAAUGUAAGUUUGGAGAUUACAUACUUAUCAUUUAUAUUGCUGCAGCUGAAUAGACAUUUUUGGGAAAAACUA